AUGAGCAGCUUAGCAAUGCCUCAGGAGAAGAAAAGAGAGUAUGCAAGAAAGGCCACUCAAAAACGAGUGGGGAGCACAUCCAGAAAACCGCCACCAGUUGAAGAGCACCUUGAUCAGUUUGAGGUUAAAAAAGAGAUUGAAAAGGAUACUCGUGUGUUUCUGAAGAAUGCCAUGAAGCAGGAUCGGCUGUGCGCCACGCUUGAUGAUGCAGAGAUUGAAUCCAUUCUGAACACAGUGAAGUUCUACAAGUUCGAUAAGGGCACGCCAAUCAUCCAGGAGGGACGCCUUGGAACAACGUUCUUUGUGACCCAGACUGGAUCAAUGGAAGUCAGUGUCAAAGGCAUCACAUGCAACACCAUUGGUGCAGGCUGUGCCUUCGGCGGGCUGGCGCUGCUGUAUAAUUGCCCCAGGACUGCCACUGUCAAAGCCACAGCGAACAGCGAGGUUUGGGGCGCCAGCGGCGUGGCCUUUAAGCAGAGCUUGCAACAGAACGCCACAAAGCACCAGGCAGAGACGCUCAAGUUCCUGGAUGCCAUGAGCAUUUUCGAGGGCCUCACCAAGAAGCAAAAGAAUUGCGUGGCAGAGGCUACUUUCUCCGAAGUGUUCGAGGACAAGGCUCGAGUUGUGACGGCGGGAGACAUGCAGACAGCCAUUUACUUUGUGAAGAAAGGUGAACUGGCAGUGUACUCUGGUGGGCACGUGAAGAGCACUGGUGAGUUCGUAGAUGGCUCCGAAAUCGGACGGCUUGGGCAAAACGACUGUUUCGGAGAGUCGCAAGUGGUUUCAAAGGAGCCGUUCAACAUCACCAUCCUGUCCAGCGGUCGCUCAGAGCUGCUAUGCGUCAGCGUGGCAGAGCUGAAGGUGAUUCUGGGAGAUGACCUGGGGGCGGUCUUGGAGCGGAACGCCAUCUCACAAGGUCUCAAAAAAUGCCCUGUGAUUUCGCAGUUCACGGCCAGUCAGAGAUCAGAACUCAUGAAGUGGGUCGUGGUCAAGGAUUAUGCUGCCAGCGCAGAAGCAGACGCUGGUGCCAGGAUAAUUAUUGUGCUGGAAGGCUCCGUGUCCGGCUUGGAGAAGGAGAAAGAGGUGAAGCUCCAGCGGGGUGAUUGGAUCGAAGACGAGGCGCUGUUGAAUAGCAGCAGCGCAGCCAGCUCCAUCAAGAACAUGAAGGCUGGCUCUGGUGGUGCUCGGGUGGCGAUGUUGACCAGGGAUGGCAUGGCAUCUGCUUUGAAAGCCUUGGGCGUCUCCAUUGCCAACAGCGCUGAGGACGCGUCAGACUUCACACGAAAAAUGGUGUUGGCAAAGAAGGUCCACAUAUUCAGGCAUCUCUCCGAAGAACAGACCAAGAAGGUCGUGGAAUCGUUUGUCACAAUGAAGUUCGCACAGGGAGAGACUGUCAUCGAGCAAGGGACCCCUGGCACAUCCUUUUUCGUCAUAGCCAACGGCGAGUUGGAGGUCUUCAUUAACGACAAAAGCGUACGGCGCAUGACCCGAAACUCCUACAUUGGUGAGCGUGCGCUCCUCUUUCAUGAGCCUCGAACUGCCACCGUCAAGGUGGUUUCAGACAAUGCAGAGCUCUGGGCUAUUGAAAAGGCAACCUUCGAAAAAAUCAUCGCGGGCAACAUGCAACAGCAGCUGAUGAAUCGCAUCAGGCUGCAGGAUACAAAUUUUGGCUUGAAAGACCUCAUCCAGGUCAAGGUCAUCGGUGCAGGUGCUGCGGGAGUUGUUCGUUUAGUCGAGCACAAGUCGACCGGCAUGCGCUACGCGCUCAAGCGAGUGAAGAAGGUUGACGGCGAAGUUCCGGAGGAGGUGCAGCGCGAGUGCUCGCUUCUGAAAGACAUCGACCAUCCCUUCAUCAUGACGCAGGUUAACACCUUUGAGACAAAAAAGAGCGUUUACAUUCUCACAGAGCUGAUCACGGGGGGAGAGCUUCACGGUGCCAUCAGAGAGAUACCAACUGUACUCUCCAGGGCCCAGGCUCAAUUCUAUACAGGCUCCUUGGUGAUUGUCCUGGAGGAGCUCUCCGAGCGAAACAUUCUGUACAGAGACUUGAAGCCUGAGAACGUGAUGCUUGAUGCACAAGGGUACCUAAAGCUCAUCGACUUCGGCAUUGCGAAGAAGCUGCCGGAAGGCGAGAGCAAAACCUUCACCAUGAUUGGCACUCCGCACUACAUGGCCCCAGAAGUUAUGCGGGGACAUGGAUACGGAACGGAGGUCGACCUGUGGUCAAUGGGCGUCAUGCUCUACGAGUUCGUUUGCGGUUAUCUCCCCUUUGCCGAUGACUUGGAUGACCCUACGGAAGUCUGCACAGCCGUCUUAAAGGACCCCCUUCAGUUUGCAUCCAGCUAUAAGGAUGCACACGGCAAGACCUUGAUGAAGGGCCUCCUCACAAGACAGCCUCGCAUCUGGGCAACAGAUUCGUAUUAUGAGUAUUGUGUAUCACAACAGGAAUACAGUAAUACAGGAAAAUGCUAG